AACGCAAUAUCUUCUGCUAUCAUCUUGCACUCAUCUCUCAAACCAAAACACACACACAAAACAAGAAGAAGAGAAAAACCAUGGACGUCGUGAUGAGACCAACGGUGGAUAUCCCACCGAGAAAGCUUCUCUUGGCUGAGUCUUCCCCUCGUUCUUCGCCGCGUAAACAUAACUGGAACAACAAGGUCAGCAACAAGAUCGCCACAUCUGAGCAUGAAGAAGACAACGAAGACAGCAACAACAAGGAGACCAAAGAGUAUUGUUAUGAUUCCGACACAGAUGAUCCUUACGCGAGCGAACAUUUCCGUAUGUUCGAGUUCAAGAUCCGACGUUGCACACGUAGCCGGAGCCACGACUGGACUGAUUGUCCAUUCGCUCAUCCCGGAGAGAAAGCUCGCCGUCGUGAUCCUCGUCGGUUUCAAUACUCUGCUGAGGUUUGUCCCGAGUUCCGUCGUGAUGGUGAUUGUAGCCGUGGAGACGAGUGUGAGUUUGCUCAUGGAGUCUUCGAGUGUUGGCUCCAUCCUAUUCGUUACCGUACUGAAGCUUGUAAAGACGGUAAACACUGUAAAAGAAAAGUAUGUUUCUUUGCUCAUUCGCCACGUCAGCUUAGGGUUCUUCCACCGGAAAAUGUCUCCGGCGGCGGCUCAGCCUCGGGUUCUCCGGCGGCGGCGAAGAACCCUUGUUGCAUGUUUUGCAGCAGCUCUCCGACGAGCACUCUUUUGGGUAAUUUAUCUCAUCUUUCUAGAUCUCCGUCCUUGUCCCCACCUUUGUCUCCAGCUCACAAGGCCGCUGCCUUUUCGCGGCUGAGGAACCGUGCCGCUUCUGCUGUUUCAGAAGCUGUUUCUGCUGCUGCUGCGGCAGGGUCGGUUAACUAUAAUGAUGUUUUAAACGAGCUUGUGAACUCGUUGGAUUCAAUUAAUCUAGCGGAAGCAUUGCAUGUGAGUUCCUCUUCUCCCGUUACGACGCCUGUUUCCGCGGCUGCGGCGGCGUUUGCCUCAUCCUGCGGUUUGAGCAACCAGCGUCUCCAUCUCCAGCAACAACAAAGUAGUCCUUUACAAUUUGCCCUCUCGCCUUCCACUCCAAGUUACCUAGCUACCUCGUUUUCGCCUUCAUCUCCAAGUUACCUAACCAACUCGCCUAGGGCGAACAUCUUUAGCGGUGAAAUCACUCCUCGCCAGAGACAAAAAAACGAGUUCACGGCGGUCAGGGACAAGACUAGCUUUGAGGAUGGUUCUUGUGGUGACCCUGAUCUUGGAUGGGUCAAUGAUCUCUUGACCUAAAACGGUGGAUGGUGGAUGAGAUUUGACGUUCACUUUGGUGAUUGAUCAUGAGGAAAAUAAUCGGUGUGCAGCUGUUUGGUCAAAUAUGCAUGGAGGAGAUUGUCUUUAAAAUUUGUUUUAAAGAUUUUAUUGUUUUACAGAUUUCCACGGAAGCUAAUCAAGAAUCGUCUUUGUAUUGUCGUUUAUUUUUUAGAAUUCUCUUUCUGGUGGAUUUUUACCCAAUAAUAUGUAUAAUCUUGUAAUUCUAUAUAUGUGGCUUGGGGAUUAUGUAAUGUUUCAACAUCUCUAUAUAAUAUUUUCGUUUCAAUGUA